ACCAAAACCCAUUUUGUAAAAUUUCUGUCGGAUACUCUGUUACCUUUUGGUCUAUUUCAAAACCAAACUGCUCGCACUCACACACUAUCAAUAAACAGUCAUUCAUAUACUUUAUCGAUCGAUAAUGGCGCUAGAAGCUAUAACACAACAACACCAAUAUCUUUAUGGCUUGCUCGGAACUACAAACUGGGUUGGUACUGGCUCUGGCUCUGGCUCUAGCGCUGGUUUUGAUUAUCACAACUACGAGGCUUUUGAUCAUGAAUUUCUCGCGAAUAAUCAAAAUGUAGCACAAGAUUAUGAUGACUACCCGAAUUGGAACUUACCACCUCCAUUAUUGGUGGAUUCUCAUAAUGAAUUUCAUCAAUGGGGCCAAAAUUCUUCCGCUGUUUUAGACCAUAAUUUUACAAUUCCGGAUCAACAAGAACAGCUGCCACAAUUGGACUCUCCAAUUGAAAUGUCUAGUAGUGUAACUAGACCAAGAAGAAGAAGAGCAAGAACAAAGAAGAAUGAAGAAGAGAUAGAGAAUCAAAGAAUGACACACAUUGCAGUCGAACGAAAUCGUCGGAAACAGAUGAAUGAGUACCUCUCUGUCCUCCGAACUCUCAUGCCUGAAUCUUAUGUCCAAAGGGGUGAUCAAGCAUCAAUAGUUAGUGGUGCAAUCAACUAUGUGAAAGUGCUAGAGCAACAGCUGCAAUUCCUUAGUGGUCAGAAGCAUUUGAAAAAUCAAAAUCAAGAUCAAGCCAAUGGUGAAACUUCUCCAUUUUCUGAGUUCUUCAGGAUUCCACAGUACUCUACAACCUUGACUAGUGCUGCCGCUAAUAGUGAAAAUGGAACUUGUGAGAAUGAAUAUUAUAGGAACCAGCAGCUACCAGCAACAGCUGAUAUUGAAGUCACAAUGGUGGAAAACCAUGCAAAUCUGAAAAUAAGGUCAAAAAGGAGGCCAAGAUUGCUUCCUAGAUUAAUUUCAGGGCUUGACAGCCUUAGACUAAGUGUUCUUCACCUCAAUGUUUCAAAAGUUGAUCAGUUUGUCCUCUGUUCUCUCAGUUUGAAGGUAGAAGAAGACUGCAAGAUGAAUUCAGUGGAAGACAUAGCAGCUGUUGUUAAUCAGAUUUUAAUUAGGAUUCAUGAUGAGGCUAAUUAGCUUGAUGUGAGACUAUUUUGAGUCUUGAUUCUCCUAGCUGUAUUGCUUCUAUUUAUGUAGAAGUAGGAUUAUUUGACAAUAAACCAGAGUUUGAUUUUGAAGUCUCAAAUUCUAAUUGCAUUGCUUAUACUAUCGCUGCUUUUUUGGAGAUUCAAA